AUGCAGCCCGGCAAGCUCUGUGUCAUGUUCUAUGGACCGGCGGCAAACAAGCUCCGGACGAGUCGGGGCGGCGGGCCGCGGCGGCCGGCGUGCAAGAGCUGCGCCAUCACGCUGGACGAGUGGGAGGCGCAGAACAUGGCGGCCUUUGGCGGGCGCUGCGAGAACUGCGAGCAGCUGCACAAGGAGGGCAGCUACUGCCCCGUCUGCGACAAGGCGCGCUCCCGCCCUCAGUCCUCGGUGUGGCUGCCGACGGACAAGAACAUGGCGGGGUGCGACAACUGCAGCUUCUGGGUACACGACCACUGCGACCCGGCCGCCAACGUGGCGCUGCACGCGCCGUCGGACAUCCCCUUCUACUGCGCUCCCUGCAAACGCCAGGCGGAAGCUCACGCGAAGCUGACAGCCCUCCGCGCAGCCGAGGCGCAACUGCGCGCCGCGCAGCCGCGCCGGCCACGCUCCGCGUACCACCUUUUCUCCAUGGAGCUCAACAACUCAGUAACUUAA